AACCUGAGCAAUUUGCAUUCAAUUGUCCUUGUGUUCCAAGUAUAAGUCUGAAUAUCAGACAAUUGCCAGUCUGGUUAUUCUGGGCAAUUGAGCUUUUGGUUGCCAUGACUUCGAACGGGUUUGCAACAGGGAAUGAAACCCCACCACCACCUUAUGAGAACGGGGUCACAAACCUGGGCUACAGUUUCAGCAAUGGCGAUAUUGCUAUGGCAGAAAAAGCACUGGAGGUGAACGUUGAAAAACAAAAGGAGGAAAAGGUGGAGAUUGAAAUGGAGAAAACGGAACCAGACCCUUGGAAAAUCUCUGAAGUCUACAUCGAGGUCACACCCUGGAACGAACUCUCUUCGUGCGGAAAGUUCAAGCGGGUCACGUGGGACUACUUCGGCAAGCUUGUCGUCCUCGUCGGCCUUCUCUACCUUUUCAUCUGCUCUCUGGAUUUCCUUGGCAACGCGUUCAAACUCAUCGGAGGCAAAGCUGCCGGAGAUAUUUUCAAACAAAGCGAUGUUCUGUCAAACCCCGUGGCGGGCCUUAUGAUUGGUAUCCUAGCAACGGUUAUCCUCCAAUCAUCGUCAACCUCAACGUCCAUCGUCGUCAGCAUGGUGGCCUCAAAAAUUGUUCCAAUCCGUAACGCUAUCCCUAUUAUCAUGGGUGCAAACAUAGGAACUUCCGUUACAAACACGCUCGUCUCCAUUGGCCAAAUCUCAAACAAAGGAGAAUUCCGGCGCGCAUUCGCGGGCGCCACUGUCCACGAUAUGUUCAACUGGAUCACAGUUUUGGUUUUACUACCCGUAGAAGCAUUUUCGGGCUACCUAUUCCACUUGACUGAAUAUAUUCUCGAUUCCAUGACAUUGACGACUAACAAGGGCGCGGACAGAGAGUUCCUAAAAGUGCUGACUAAUCCCUUCACGAAACAGAUAAUUCAAGUGGAUAGUAACGUGAUUGAGGCUGUCGCCAAUGGCGACGCAGAUGCCAUGAACAAAAGCAUGAUCAAACAUUGCUGCAAGAAGGGAAGCGUCGACGUAACUUACGUCAAUACGUCAACGCCUGACAACCGCACAUACAUCGCAAAGGAAUCCAUCUGUCUGGAGAAAUGCAAAUACUUGUUCGAAGGUGCCGCUAACACCCUCAGCGAUGGAGAAAUUGGAGCCAUCCUCCUCGUUAUCUCACUAGUUCUUCUUUGUGCAUGCCUCGUGCUGAUUGUCAAGACCCUGAACUCACUUCUGCAAGGAAAAGUAAGCCUUAUCAUCAAGAAGUUUGUAAAUGCAAACUUUCCCGGUGUAAUGGGUUACUUAACAGGAUACCUGGCGAUUUUGAUUGGUACCGGACUCACUAUUCUCGUCCAAUCAAGUUCCGUGUUUACAUCCGCGCUUACGCCAUUGGUUGGAAUCGGCGUCAUAGAACUUGACCGAAUGUAUCCGCUCACACUAGGGUCGAACAUCGGUACAACAACAACGUCAAUUUUGGCGGCAUUUGCUCAAAGCUCAAGCGACAUCAGACUUGCAUUCCAGAUUGCAUUGUGCCAUUUGUUUUUCAACCUCACUGGCAUAUUGCUUUUUUACCCCAUCCCUCAACUCCGUUUCCCCAUUAAAUUGGCAAAGUUCCUGGGUAAUCAGACAGCAAAAUAUCGAUGGUUUGCUGUAGCGUACCUCAUUCUGGCGUUCUUCCUGCUCCCAGCAGCCGUGUUUGCGCUUUCGGUGGUCAACUGGAUUGCGAUGGUAGCAGUAGUUGGACCGAUUCUCCUUCUAGCGAUAGCAGUCGUCGUUAUAAACAUUCUGCAAAAUAAAGCACCGAUGGCGCUUCCAAUGGUGUUAAGGAACUGGUACUUUUUACCCGAGCCACUCAGGUCUCUUAAACCUAUGGACAGGCUCAUACAAAAGAUCGUCUCUUGUUUACCAUGUUGCGCUAACAAUGGUGAAAAAAAGGAAAAGGGCGAACAAACUGGGGAAUGGAAAUCGACAACAAAGUUGUGAUAAAAGAUCUUUUUGAACUCGACUAAAAGUUUGUAAAUAUUGACUGUUCAAUAAACUUACAUUUCAUUUUGUUUGCAUCCUUUCUCAACUAUUUCUUUCGUUGCGUGCAAGGAAAUGAAAUGAAAUCACGUUUAUGUUUCGUUUAUGUUCUUAUUCAUAUACAAAGUAGACUAUUGAAUCAUAACUUCUUAUGGCGGCUUGAUUGAUCCGUAUUAUUUUACCUUUUUUUUAAUGAUUAAAUCAUUAUCAUCUGAAUCGUGCAAAUCUAAUAUGCACAUGAUUCAUAAAUAUAUAUUUCGAAAAAGUAAAUAUUGAUUAAAAUUGAUUAUUUCUUUAAUUUGCAAUAAUAUACAUUUUGUAUUUUAGUUCAUUGACAUUUUAACGAAAUGCAUACGACAUAUCAUUAUUUUAUUUGUUAAGUGUUGAUUUAGUUUUCAAAUUAGAAAUAAAAAUGUAUAUUGAAUAAAUUAUAGCAUUAAUUCUUGUGCAAAUAAGUGAAUUCUAUUAAGUUGUAGUGGUAUUGCUGUCUUUAACGAACCGGCGGUCAUAUCAACUAUCCACUCAAUGUGUUUGAAUGAUACGUUGAUCUGUAAGAUAUUUGUAUGCAAAGGUUUUUUUUUUAAAUCUGAGUAUAAUUAUUUAAUCAUACUAUUAAACUGUAUGUACUAUCAUUUGAUAUAUGGGGUUUCGUUAUGUGAUGUAUUGUUUUUUAGCAUUUUUUUGUUGUUUUGUAUUUAAUACAUGUUUUAUACAUAUUUAUUUAUUUCUUCUUAUUAUGUUGUUAAUAAAGCUUAUAAAAUGCUUAUGUUUAUCCUAGCAAUUGUUAAUGCUCAAAUGCAAAUAUAUUUGAUAAUGUUUUGAGAAUCAACCACUUCUUGAAAUCUAUUGAAAACAUUUACUUAUCAUUCAUAUAUGAGCUAAGACAGAAGAAAUAGAAAUAUGUCCACUUGAUAAUGUGACCAACGGUAACAAAUUUCAACAACUUAUUUAAGUCAAGUCGUUGUCCAUGAAACAUCGUAAUUUGAAAAAAAAAAUUAUACGUAAAUAAAUGACUCUCAGUCUUCUGAAAUUAAUAUCUUUAUUGCUUUUUGAGUAGUUGUAUUCAAAAACGAAGGCAAGAAAAGAAAUCGUAAUCUUCAUGCUGAUAUACCACAGAAGUAUCGCAUACAUAAAAUAACAAUACUUAUCCCGUUAUUUACGAAACAAUUAUGAAUUAUGAAUUUGGGCUUCAAUUGGAAAAUUAAAUUAUAUAGUAGACAGAACAUAUACAAAAUUAUUCAAAUUCAAAUGUCAUCUUUGAUUUACGGGAAAGUGUUCUUUACGGAAAAAAUAAAACGAAUAGUUUAUUAAAUACGUUUGUAAUAAAA